UGCUUGUUCAAUCUCUUUCCUUGGCUGCUGGUGGAAAUUCGAAUAUUAUUUCAUUCCAGUUGGUGCGUGGAAUCGGAGUGGUUCGUCGAGCCGGGGUCGAGGCUGGUAAAUUAUUUACCAGUGAAAAAUGAAGUUCCUUUACUUGUCUCUCUUCAUUUUUGUUGUUCUUCUCAUUGCUGAGGGAUCUUCAGAUCAAUCAAAGAGAAAGCAUAAGAAAUUCAGAAAACAUCGCAAGCCAUUGUCCGAGGAAACUGACGGUUCGGCAGAUGUUAGUAAAACCGUAGAACUCGAGAAAAAAGCCGAAGUAGAAGUUCCACCGGAAGCUGAGGAAAUUCUUGACAAUAGAGUACCUUUAAUAGAUCCUUGCAUUAAAGUCCACUGCGGCGCUGGUAGAGUGUGCGAGGUAGACGAAGAGGGCGAACCCCAAUGCGUCUGCAUCCCCACAUGCCCCAUAGAAACAGAAUCUCGCCGGAAAGUAUGCUCCAACCACAACGAAACCUGGACUUCUGACUGUGCCGUAUACCAACAACGUUGCUUGUGCAACAAAGGGGACUCUGAGUGCAAAGGUGAACAAUACAAACACAUCCACAUCGAAUACUACGGAGAAUGUAGAGAGAUGCGAGAAUGCACGAAAGACGAAAUGGCCGACUUCCCGCGCAGGAUGCGUGAUUGGCUUUUCAACAUAAUGAGAGAUUUGGCCGAUAGGUCAGAACUGACUCCUCAUUAUUUGAAAAUGGAACGCGAAGCCGAAUCCAAUAUGACCCGGCGCUGGACCAACGCAGCUAUUUGGAAAUUCUGCGAUUUGGAUGGCUUCCCUCCAGACAGAUCUGUAUCUCGUCACGAACUGUUCCCAAUUCGUGCCCCGUUGAUGGCUUUGGAACAUUGUAUUGCACCGUUCUUGGACUCGUGCGACGCCAACGAUGAUCACAGAAUCAAUAUUAAAGAGUGGGCUCAAUGUCUGGAGUUGGAUGAAGAUGAAAUUGAGGAUAGGUGCGAAGAGAUUGCAGAUCAGGAUGACGAAUAAGGUUUACAGUUAGAUGUAAUUGUUUUCUAAAAAUACUUAUAAGUAAAUUGGAGCGUAUAUUGCAGAAUAAAAUGGUGCUAUAAAUAGAUUAACUAGGUUAUUGAUUGUAUGAUAGAUGUGUGAUUUAUUUUUGUAAAUUUAUUGUAUCUACUUAUAGAUUUAUAACGUAAUUUCAGAUUAACGUGACAACUUAACACUGCCGUAUUUUUAUUUUUUCCGUAACAUUUGUAUAAUGUAUAGAUACAAUAUGAAAUAAAAGUUUUGUACUUU